AUGCAAGCAGUGGCUGGUUCAUUUAUUGGUUUCGCAUGUGAUGCAAAUAAAGCUGCGUUAGAUGAAUCAGCAACUGGUCGAAAUGGUUUAUUUACAUCUCAUCUUCUUCAACAUAUUGAUCAACCGAAUUUAACUAUUGAUGAAAUAAUGUAUGAUGUUUGUGAUGGUGUAAUGAAAGAAGCAAAUGAUGAUCAAUGUCCAUUUCGAGUAUCUUCGCUUCGACGAAAAGUUUAUUUAAAUCAACAAUCUACAGAUGGACAACCAAUUCUUUCCAAUCAUAUUAAUAUCAAUACAAAAUGGAAACAACAUGGAACUACUAUUGCUGGAGGAAAUGGACCAGGCAAUCAAUUAAAUCAACUCUCUUGUCCUGACGGUAUCUAUGUUGAUGAUGAUCAUCAAACUAUUUAUAUUGCUGAUUGGGAAAAUCAUCGUAUUGUUGAAUGGAAAUAUGGAGCAAAGAAUGGUCAAGUUGUUGCAGGUGGAAAUGGAGAAGGAGAUCGAAGUGAUCAAUUGUAUUAUCCAAGAGAUGUAAUUGUUGAUAAAAAGCAUGAUUCUCUCAUCAUUUGUGAUCAAACCAUCAGACGAGUGGUACGAUGGCCUCGUCAAAAUGGUAAAAACGGAGAAACAGUCAUUUCUGACAUUGAUUGCUAUGGUCUAGCAAUGGAUAAGAAUGGAGAUCUUUAUGUCUCUGACUACGACAGGAAUAAAGUGAGACGAUGGAAACAGGGAGAGAAAGAGGGAACAAUAGUAGCAGGUGGAAACGAAUACGGAAAUCACCUCAAUCAACUCAUUGGUCCUUAUCAUAUCUUCGUUGAUGCAGAUCAUUCAGUUUAUGUGUCGGAUCAUGAGAAUCACCGUGUAAUGAAAUGGAUGAAAGGUGCAAAAGAAGGUAUUGUUGUUGCUGGUGGAAAUGGUGAAGGGAGUAGUUUGACACAAUUGUUUUGUCCUCAAGGAGUGAUUGUCGAUCAUUUGGGUAAUGUUUAUGUGGCUGACCGUGAGAAUCAUCGAAUAAUGCGUUGGUGUAAAGGAUCUUGCGAAGGUAGUAUUGCAGUUGGUGGCAAUAGACAAGGAGAACAACCAAAUCAGUUGAAUUAUCCCAGAGGUUUAUCGUUCGAUGUUGAAGGUAAUCUCUACGUUGUCGAUGGAGGUAAUCAUCGAAUACAAAAGUUUGAUAUUGAUUUGAAUUAA